AUGCCUGGCUUGCUGAACCGCAUCACAGGGGCGACCCUGCCUCUCACUGUGUCUGAUGUCACCUCCUAUGUGAGCGGCUAUGCCCUGGGGCUCACCGCCUCCCUCACCUACGGCAACCUGGAGGCUCAACCCUUCCAAGGUCUGUUCGUGUAUCCGAUGGACGAGUAUACCACAGUGGUUGGUUUUGAGGCAGUCAUUGCUGACCGUGUUGUCACCAUACAAAUCAAAGACAAAGCCAAGCUGGACCGAAGCCACUUGGAUAUCCAGUCUGCCACUGUCACAGGGAACAGUCCACAAGAGGGGGUUCCCAUCACCCCUCAUUCCUGCGCGCCGGGAAAGGUGGCCUUGGAUGAGGAUCUGGAGCGGAUUCUGUUCGUGGUCAACCUGGGGACCAUUGCUCCCAUGGAGAAUGUCACCAUCUUCAUCAGCACCUCCUCGGAACUCCCCACGCUGCCCAGCGGGGCUGUGAGGGUCCUCCUGCCGGCAAUCUGUGCCCCGACCGUGCCUCAGUUCUGCUCUCAGAGCUCCGGCUCCUCCAGACAACAGGCUCAAGGCAAAGACCCACACUGCUACGGCAUCCAGACUGUGGACUCCUGGAAUGGGCUGUGUCUGGCCACCCUCCUGGAUACAGAGGUGACCAACCCAAUGGAAUAUGAAUUCAACUUUCAACUGGAGAUCCGUGGGCCAUGUCUGCUUGCAGGGGUGGAGAGUCCCACUCAUGAAAUCCGUGCAGACGCUGCUCCCUCCGCACACUCAGCCAAGAGCAUCAUCAUCACCUUAGCCAACAAACAUACCUUUGACCGGCCAGUGGAGAUCCUCCUCCACCCCAGUGAGCCCCACAUGCCACACAUCCUGGUGGAGAAAGGGGACAUGACCCUGGAGGAGUUUGAGCAGCACUUGAAGGGAAAAGCGGAUUUCAUUCGGGGGAUGAAGAAGGACAACAGUGCCCAGCGGAAGACAGAAGUCAUCCGGAAGCGUCUCCACAAAGACAUUCCCCACCACUCGGUCAUCAUGCUCAACUUCUGUCCCGACCUCCAGUCUGUGCAGCCCAACCUGAGAAAGACCCACGGGGAGUUCAUCUUUCUCAUCGACAGGAGCAGCAGCAUGAGCAGGACUAGCAUCCAGUGCGUCAAGGAGGCCAUGUUGGUAGCUCUUAAGAGCCUUAUGCCGGCCUGUCUCUUCAAUGUCGUUGGGUUUGGAUCUACAUUUAAGACCGUCUUUGCUUCCAGUCAGAUCUAUAAUGAGGCGAACUUGGCCAAGGCAUGUGACUGCAUCCAAAGAAUACGGGCUGACAUGGGCGGCACCAAUAUCCUCUCCCCUCUCAAGUGGAUCCUGCGGCAGCCAGUACACCAGGGCCACCCAAGGCUACUCUUCCUGGUUACUGAUGGGGCUGUGAGCAACACUGGGAAGGUUCUGGAGCUGGUGCGGAAUCACGCCUUUUCUACCAGGUGCUACAGUUUUGGGAUUGGACCCAGUGUCUGCUACAGACUGGUGAAAGGACUGGCGUCUGUAUCCAAGGGCAGUGCGGAGUUCCUGACAGAGGGGGAGCGGCUGCAACCAAAGAUGAUCAAAUCCUUGAAGAAGGCCAUGGCGCCGGUGCUGAGUGACGUGACCGUGGAGUGGGUCUUCCCUGAGACCACAGAGGUCCUGAUCUCGCCUGUUAGCACCAGCUCGCUCUUCCCUGGGGAACGGCUGAUGGGCUACGGCAUUGUGUGCGAUGCCUCCUUGUACAUUUCCAAUUCCAGUCCCGACAAAAGGCGAAAGUACGGCACGCUGCAAGCUCAGGAGUCCAGCAGCUCUGUUUUCUAUCACUCUCAGGAGGAGGGACUUGGCCCGGGCAGUGCGAACUGUGCCAAGAUCUUCAACCCAGGGCAGACCCAAGAUGCCCAUCCAUGCAAUGGAGACUCCCCCUCCCAUCACGGUCUGGAUGUCUCCCAGCGACGGAGGGCGUACAGCACCAACCAGAUCUCUAGCCAGAAGACCACCCCAAGGGCCACCACAGCCAGCGAUCCCACUGGGAUUGCCAGGAGACACCCACUGAGAAAAGCCAAGGUGCAGGACCUUGCCAAUCAGGGCAGCUCAGAAAGCCAGCAGAUUGAUCUGCAGCCCUUACUCAGCGGUGGCCAUGACCUGAGCCAGGGCCCCAGACUGCACGGCCCAGGGGCCCGCAGGCCCUCUCUACUGCCUCAAGGCUGCGAGCCCUUGCUGCUCUCUCGCCAGGAGCCCCAGGCCUGGAAUCCUAUGAAGGAGCUGGACCCUGGUUCCAGCCCUAAGUCUGCCCCUGACAGCCGAAGCUCGGAGGAUCUGGAGCCACCCCAUCACCCCUCCACCUUUGAAACGGAGAUGUCCUCAGACUGGGAGCCCAUGGCUGAGUCGGAGGAGCAAGUCAGUCCCUGCAGGCCUGCCACCCCAGGCCCUGUACAGGGGAAGGCCUUGGUCAAAGGCCUGUGUGACAACCAGUGUCUGCAAUGGGAGGUGAGCUUUGAGCUGGAACCGCCAGCCCUGCAGAGGGAGGAGGAGCAGGAUGCGGACCUGUGGAGCGAGACCUUCCACCACCUGGCAGCGCGCGCCAUCAUCCGUGACUUCGAGCAGCUGGCAGAGCGUGAGGACGAGAUCGAGCUGGGGUCCAAUCGCCGGUACCAGGUGAACGCCGUGCAUACCAGCAAGGCCUGCAACAUAAUCAGCAAGUACACGGCCUUCGUGCCUGUGGACAUAAACAAGAGGCGGUACCUGCCCUCGGUAGUGAAGUACCCCAACUCCGGUGCCAUGCUCCGAAUGGUCAGCUUCCGGAACCUGACCCGACAGUGGAAAGACUUGUCUUCUGGUGUUGGAAGGUCCCAGACCAUGCUCAGAGAACACGCCUCAGCUGCAGGAGACAGCAAAUUCCAGACCCUAGUACACAGCUUUGUACAGAGGCAGGAAGCAGGAAAGGGCAGCCAGGGCCUGUCCCAAGGCCCUUCCGUACGGCAUCCCCUCUCGCCCUCAGCUGCGGGCCCUCCAGCCUGUGGCUUCUCCCAGACACCAAGUUCUGGGAAACCUAAGGAACAGGAGCAAGUGAUGAGCAAAGAGGCCAUUCCAUCUGCCCAGCUUAGACCCUCCCUUCUGUCAGAUUGUCCCGUCAGUCUGACCCCAGAAGUGACAAUGCCAAUAAUCAUCACCUUGGUUCAGCAUGGUGACUCUCCUGUCACUGUGACAACAGAUUCCCCAGAACAGCAACUGACAGAGGACAGGGUUCGCUGUGACAGGGAAACUGAGGCUCAAAGCCUUCUGAUGUGUCAGGACUAUGUCCUGGUGCCUCCUGGGGACCUAGAAGGAACAUCUCAGUGGGCACAGACCUGGGAGAUACCACCGCACCCAGAAUCUGACUCCCAUCCUGAAGCCCCCGCUCUAGGCUUGCCCCCAAUUCCCUGUGGAGUCUGCACCCUAGAAGAACCCCCUGCUUCGACCUUCAAUAAGAUCCUGUCCCCUGCCAGGGAGAAGGACACAGCCGCAGAAGGUUCCCCUCACAACCUGUCCUCCAUGAAGGCCUCUGAGGCUCUCUUUGGAUCCAAAUUGAAUCUCAACAAGCCCAGGCUGCUAACCCGAGCUGCCAAAGGCUUUCUCAGCAAAUCAAUGGCCAAGACCCCAGAGCCAACUCCGGGCAGCCAGAGCUUGGACUACAUACCACUGGUGUCUCUGCAACUGGCCUCCGGAGCCUUUCUGCUCAACCAAGCCUUCUGCGAUGCCAUCCAAAUCCCCAUGGAGAAACUCAAGUGGACCUCACCCUUCAUCUGCCUCCGAAUGUCCCUCACCACCCGCCGGCACGGUUCGGAGAGCCAGAAUCCACGGAACGGCAUCAGUCUGUCAUCUCCAUCCCCACCCCACAACAACAACCCCCUAGAGGCCGAAGCUGAAGGCAGCUCAGACCUGGAGCCAGGCGCGCUGUUGGAGCACACAGGAAAGCUGUGGGCCACUGUGGUGGCACUCGCAUGGCUGGAACACAGCUCGGCUUCCUACUUCAUCGAGUGGGAGCUGAUCGCUGCUAAGGCCAGCUCGUGGUUGGAGCAGCAGAAGGUGCCUGAGGGCCGCACGCCGAGCACACUCAAGACCACUGCCCGCCAGCUGUUUGUGCUCCUGAGACACUGGGAUGAGAACCUGGAGUUCAAUAUGCUCUGUUACAACCCCAAUUAUGUGUAG